AUGAAGACCCCGACACAUCCCCUCGAUGACCUCACCGCCGCUGAGAUAACCGCCGCCGCGGCCGUCGUGAAAGCCGCGCUGCUCGCUGACGCAUCGGACGACGACGAGAUCCGCUUCUCGUACGUGACGCUCGCGGAACCCGCCAAGCUGGCGAUGGCAGCCUACGUCACCGGCGAAGGACCCGUCCCUCCCCGCCAGGCGGAGGUCAUCGCGACGAUCGUAUCGAAGAUGGACGCGUACAUUUUCGUGGUAAACCUCGGCGAUGAGCCCUCGGUGGCGUCCAAGAAUCCCGUCCCGGAGGGGUGCCAGCCCCUGUUUUCACCCGACGAUUGCUUCCUCGCCGAGGACAUCGUCAAGGCGGACGAGGCCGUCUGCGCCGAGAUCGCCGAGCGCUACGGCGUGGACCCGGCCGACUUUGGCACGAGUCUGAUCUGCGACCCGUGGAGCGUGCACGUCGCCACCCCGGACUUCGAGCCCCUCAAGUGGCGGCCCGACGGAAGAGCCGCGCGGCUUAUUCAGUGCUUUCUUUACUGGCGAACCGACGAAGCCGAUAACCAGUACGCCAAGCCCAUCGAUCUGUUACCGGUGGUGGAUCUCAACGCCAGGAAGGUGAUCCACUGCUCUAAACAGCCCGGCGCGACGCCCCCGAAGAUCGGGCUCAAGACGAACGUCAACUAUCACCGCGCCUCGUUGGAGACCAACUCCUACUUGCCCACUAAACACCGACUGCCGAUGAAGCCGCUCGACGUGACGCAACCCGACGGCGCCAACUUUAACGUCGCCGACGGCCGCGUCGUGACCUGGGACGGGUGGUCCAUGCGACUGGGUUUCAACUACCGCGAGGGUCUCGUGAUUCACGACGCGAGGUUCGAGGGCAGGUCGGUCAUGAAGCGGGCGAGUUUGGUGGAGAUGGCGGUUCCGUACGCGGAUCCGAACCCUCCGUUUGAGCGCAAGUGCGCGUUUGACGUUGGAGACUACGGCCUCGGAUACUGCGCGGAUUCGUUGGAGCUCGGGUGCGACUGCCUCGGGCACAUCCGUUACUUCGACGCGGUGCUCUGCGACUCGCGAGGCGAGCCGUACGUCACCAAGAAGGCGAUCUGCAUGCACGAGGAGGACAUGGGCGUGCUGUGGAAGCACGUGGAGUACCGCAACGGGCACAACGAGGCUCGGCGGGCGCGCAGGCUCGUGGUCUCCUUCGUCGCCACCGUGGUCAACUACGAGUACCUUUUCUACUGGUACUUCAACCAGGACGGCAGCAUGGAGUACGAGAUCAAGCUCUCCGGGAUGCUCUCCACCAACCUUCUCUCCGCCGGCGAGAGGGUCGACGGCGAGGGCGGCGCCAACGACGGCGCGCCUCUCCACGGCGUCCUCGUCGCCCCGGGGGUUAACGCCCAGGUGCACCAGCACAUGUUCUGCGCCCGUCUGGACGUGGAGGUGGACGGUACGAACAACGUGGUCGACGAAGUGGACCUCGUCACCGGGUGCGUGGGUAAGGCUUCGGGUAUUCGCGAUCCCUUUGCGAACGCGUUUGGGCCGGUGAAGACCCGGCUCGCCACCGAGCGAGCCGCGGUACGCGUGUGCGACCAGACCAAGGCCAGGACCUGGAGGGUCUCCAACCCGUCCGUGAUCAACCCCAUCACGAACGAGUCCGUCGGAUACAAGCUCGUCCCUUUCACGCGCGGCGCGUCGCAGCCCGUGCUGCUCACCGGCUCCGAAUGCGCGGUGACCAAAAAGGGUGAAUUCGCAACCAAGAAUCUCUGGGUCACCCCCCAUACCGAUUCCGAGCGAUUCCCCGCGGGCGAGUUCACCCCCCAGGGCGCCCCCGGCCAGGGUUUACCGAAGUGGACCGAGUCCGAUCGAUCGCUGGGCGGCGAAGGCGGCGGGGACGUCGUGCUGUGGCACGCGUUCGGCGUCGCGCACGUGCCCCGACCCGAGGACUUUCCCUGCAUGAACGUGGAGCACGUGGGAUUCUCGUUCAAGCCGGACGGUUUCUUCAAGGGAAACCCCGCGAUCGACCUGCCGCCCCCGACGAUGGCGGGCAGCAAGGAGGACACGUCCGCGGGGACGUGCUGCGCCGCGAACGGCCAUGUUGGCGCAAACGGACACUGA